UGAAGUCAGAUGUCUUUCUGACUUUAAGGUCUAACAGCAGUCCUGCGACCAAUUCAAUGCACGGAGGUCUCACCACGCUUGGAAAAGAAAACACAUCCAUACAGACGUUUAUGAAUCGUGAUGUUUUAUUUCCACAUCUGGACUGAAGAGACAGUUAUUCCGGCUGUUUUUGGGUACCUCCUCCCUACCUCUCUUGUCUCUGGAUCUUUGAAGCCCAGAGUUGACGGGAGGUAAUCCCCACCAUGUGAGUGGGCGGUGCGGGUACCGGAGGCGUGCUUUUUUUUUUUUUUUUUUUUUUUUUUUUUUUUUUUUCUAUUAUUCAAAUGCUGCUGCACCUAUAAAAGAGUGCCUGCCUGCGUCAGAUAGUUUUCUCCAAUGGCUAAAGGUGAUUAAAUACUGGUUGUCUCAGUCUCGUCUUAUAGGCAGGGGAUGAGAUGAUGGACGACACCAGUGGUGUCCAAAUGGCGAGGGCGAUGAAGCAUGCAACCCUGUGCCUGAUGCUGCUACCCCGCUUCCUCCUGGCCGCCGUCAUGCUGUGGCUCCUGGAUUUCUUGUGCAUCAGGAAAAAAGUGCUGCUGAAAAUGGGGGAGAGACAGGACAGCCUGGACGACCCGCCGUUGUGCAUCUCAGACUCUAAUAAAAUGUUCACCUUGGAGUCCCUGAGGGCCGUGUGGCAUGGCCAGAAAUUGGACUUUCUUAAAUCUGCGCACCUUGGGCACGCUGCACCCAACACUGAGGUGGUGCUGGUCCAGGAGCGGAGGCAGGUCCGAAUCCUGGACUGCAUGAAAGGGAAGAGACCGCUCAUUCUCAACUUUGGCAGCUGCUCCUGACCGCCUUUCAUGACGCGUCUAGCGGCGUUUCAGCGCGUCGUUAGCGAGUACGCAGACAUUGCGGACUUUUUAGUUGUAUAUAUAGAGGAGGCGCAUCCGUCUGACGGCUGGGUGAGCUCGGAUGCGCCGUACCAGAUCCCCAAGCACCGCUGCUUGGAGGACAGACUGAGAGCCGCCCAGCUGAUGCUCACCGAGGUGCCCGAGAGCAAGGUGGUGGUGGAUAAUAUGGACAACUCAUCCAACGCUGCGUAUGGAGCCUACUUUGAGAGACUUUACAUCGUGAGGGAUGAGAGAGUCGUUUAUCAGGGGGGCAGGGGUCCGGAGGGUUACCGAAUCUCUGAGCUUAAAAAGUGGCUGGAACAGUACCGGAAGGAGCUGAUGAAUUCCCAAACAGCGGUGCUCCAUGUGUAGUUGAUGCUGAACUGGCUGCUGCUCUGUCCUUUCUGCUUAAGUGUCUCAGUGCAAAAUGAUCCAGAUGCUGCUAUCAAACGUUCACACAUGGCACAUUAUAUUGUUUCUCUUGCAUAAAGAUAGUCAGGACUCUUUGGACAUAUAGGCUGAAUUGAUGUUGCAGUCUAGCCUAUAGACCGUAGGCUGUUUUAUUGUUCUCGUCAUGACAUUAAAUAUUUGCUCAUAGCUUUUUUUUUUUUUUUUUUUUUUUUUUUUUUUUGGAAAAGUUUUGAAUCAAUUGUGUUCAGUUGGUGAUCAAUCUAUUUUUCUACAAUGACAGUUUGUGUGAGCGUGUGUGUGUAUAUGAGAGCGUGCGUUCAGCCUAAUAUCUCACUCUGGCGUCUGUGUGAAGUUCGGUUUUUAAAAGGCGCAUCCAGAAAACCGACACUGAUGUUUCUGACACCAGUAGCGGGUCCUUAUUAGCAGGAUGCCCUCCUCAGUGGUCGAUUGCCAAAACAAUGUCAUGUCGAAACGAUGUAAAUGAUCAAAUGUUUUAAUAAAUGUCAGAUCACA